CGCAGCUAAUUCUUGAAUCUUCUCAAUAGCAGACAACAGCAUUUGAACGGGGAAAUUCAAUCCUAAGAGUCGUCAGACUCAUCGAAACCUUUAUACGGAGUUUUAACCAUAUAAGCUGCGCUGGCUCUUCUUUUCUCCGGGCAUCAUCGGUUGUAUCAAGUGCCUUGAACUCGAAAGUUAUCCUAGAGUGUUAAGAAAUACUAUUCACGGGUACAAGACCGAGCCAUACCGACAUCCCGGACCGAACGAUGUUUCCCGCAUUGAAGAGGAGGUUUCGGACCAGAAAAGUGCACUUCCUCGAGGAUGAGAAGACCAGGAUAAUUUUGGCGAGCGACGAUAGCCAACAUGAGGAGGAGGAUGAGGAGCGGAAGGAGGAUGAGGAGCGGAAGGAGGAUGAGAAGGUAAAGGCGCCAUUUCCGACCAAAGUGCAAUCAUCCGUCUUCGAGUACACCCCAAGACCUCAUUUUACCCAUCAUUGUUCCAGACGAAGCCAUGACUCCGAGUGGCGACAGCACAAACAGACUUUCCAGCCCUUCCUACGAUUGGAUAGGAAUCUUAUUCUCAGGAUUUCCGAUUACGUCCCGGACGGAACGCUGGCCAACCUCUGCGUCACGAAUAAGAAGAUCAAUCGCCUCUUGCUGUCAGCUCUUUGGGAUCGUCUGGUCGAUUACCAGACUCCAGAUUAUAAUUAUCCAAGGGAUCCUCGCAUCUACAUUAUGCUAGGUGCUGCCAUGGCCGGGUCUUUCGGGGCUGUCAAGUACUAUCUGGCGUGCGGUGCCUACUGCAACGCGGUCGACUGGACUUCGCAGAGGUGGUCAGCCCUGCAGAAUGCUGUCGUGGCUAAGAACUUUGUACCGCUAGUGACGGUCUUACUGAACGCCGGCGCAAAUGUUACCUACCUCUCGCAGGACGGCGUCUCGGCCCUCCACAUCGCCGCGGAUCAAGGCAAACUCGAAGCCGUCCAGCUUAUGGUUUCCGAGCUGGAGCGGCGGAAGAACUCGAUCGAUUUCUUGACGAACCGUCGAGAGACAGCGCUCCACCGUGCCGCUGCUAACGGGGAAGCCGAGGUGGUCGAGUACCUGCUAGCCAGGGGUGCCGAUCCCAAGAGGAGAGACGACAACAACAUGACUCCGCUUAUCCGAGCGGGACAGCGCGGCUUUUGGGCGUGCGUUGCGCUUCUGGCUGCCAGGCGCGAAUACGAACUCAAUUGGAUGGAGCGCGGGUUGGCGCAGGGAAUCACCUUUCGGGAGCUGAUGGGUCUCGGCGUGAACCCCGUCACCUGGGAUGUGGUUCCCCAGGCAAAACCGGAACUCAAGAAGGCUCCCAAGCUGAAGAGUAUCAUGAAGAAGCCCAGUAAAAGGUUUCCGACUACCAGGUUUGCUCACUAACGACCUCGACGAGCUUGAUUUUAACCCGGUUCAAUAUACGAGAAGGCUCGGUAUUUCAGCAUUUGGUGUUUCUUCGCUCUCUCGUUCCUGUGACUCAAAUUUCAUCGUAUUCGUUCCGUUCGUUGCUUGGGGCAUGGCUCGGUCCCAGUGGGCGUUUUACUGCUUCUUGUGUUUCCUGAAGAAGGAGGG